AUGAAAAAAUUAACUUACAAAAGUUUAACACAAUCCAUUCACCUCCCCCCUCUUCCAUCUCUCCGUGAAAUUAUCCAUGUUUAUGGUAUUCGAGCUCAGAAACAGUUAUCUCAAAACUUUCUUUUACAAUCAUCAUCUAUAAAUGGACUAGUCAAGUGUGCAGGGAACCUUCGUGGUGCAUAUGUUCUUGAAGUUGGUCCAGGUCCUGGCGGGAUUACUCGGGCGAUUCUUCAGAGAGCUCCACGUUAUGUAGCCGUCGUGGAACUAGAUAGAAGAUUUAUUCCUGGUCUUCAGGAAUUACGGCUUGCUGCUUUCGAAAUGGGGAUCCAAAUGGAUAUAUACAGACAGGAUAUUCUAAAAUUUAAUUGUGAAGGUAUUUUUCCCAUCAGUUCUAUGACUGGUGCAGGAGCAUGGGAGGAGUCACCUGAGGUGGCAAACUCAAAUUUAUUAGAAUCUACAUCAAUAAAUCGAAAUGAAACUGCAUUAGAAAAAAUAAGUUCACCACGCUUGUGUGUGAUUGGAAACUUACCAUUCAAUAUUUCUACUCCUUUGAUUUCUCAAUGGCUUCAUGAUAUUGCUGAGCGACGAGGAAUUUGGCGAUAUGGACGAGUCCCUUUGACAUUGACUUUUCAAAAAGAAGUUGCUGAACGACUUGCUGCGGAUGUAUGGGAUGAACAGCGUUCCCGCUUAUCUGUCAUGUCACAAGCAUACUGCGACGUUAAAUACAUGAAGGAUAUUCCAGGUACUGCUUUUGUUCCUCCACCAAAAGUAGAUGUUGGUGUUGUUCGUCUAAUUCCUUUAAAACAACCGCUUAUUCCUGUACCGUACCCGUAUGUUGAAAAAUUAGUACGUCAAGCAUUUCACUUCAGACAAAAGCAAAUAGUUCGAUGUCUUGAAACAUUGUUCCCUUCUAAUAGACCUGAACUGGUUAUUCAGUUAUUCAAAGAAGCCGGUGUGCAACCAGCCAAACAGUGUAUACAGUUGACAAUGUCAGAAUUUCGAGAUUUAUGCUCUGUAUAUCAUCGUAUUUGUCAGAUUGAACCUGAUGUAUUCGAUUUUGAUUAUCAAGCCCGAACUAAUUUGCCAUUGUGGUAUAGUCGUAAGAAAAUUCAACGAGAAAUGUUGGACAGUCCAACUGGUCUUACGGCCAAUCGUGUUCGUCAAGAAAUAUAUGGAUUCAGUCAGUAAUGGCUAUACGCUUUUGUUAUUAUCAUAUUGUAAUCGAUUCUUUAAUCAACAAUUCAUUUAUAUAACUUGUGAAUAAAUAUACUUCCAAUAUUUUGAAGUGAUUGAAUAUUUUUAUGAUGAGUCAAUCAUGCAUACUUGAUACGUAAAUAUGUGAAUUGUUGUCUCUUGUUUAUGAACUAUUAAUGAAGAAUACUUUAAAGGAAUUAAAUUUAUCAACUGUAUAUAUGGCCAGUAAAAGCUUUCAGCAACGAACUUGUCGUUUAUUGCUGUUGAGACAUUGCUUUUCUCUUGAGUGUUUACUAAAUCCACAGAUUUGACAAUGUAUAUGUAGAUAGAUGAUUUAUGUACUCGAUGUUUUACUGUUUAUUAGCACAUUUAAAUUCCUUUUUAUCUACAUUUGAGAUUUAGGUAACCGUGUAGUAUUUGUAGUCUUCAAAACCUACCACACGGUCUGGUAUUUCAUUGUGUUAUGAAUUUCAGUUUCAUAAAACAUAUUAGACUUAAAGAAAGUAUUGAUCACUGUCCCAAUCCUUCUGUAUUAGUGUUGGACCAUCCCAUCUACCAUUACCCAUAUUCAGUGAUUAUUUGGAUCAUGUCAAAGGAAACCUUUCCUAUGUGCAAGUCAAAGGCAUUUCUAUAUCUUUUAUGAAGGUGACAAUUAGUAUGUUUCUCAAAUUUUCUCAUUAGAUAUUAUCUAAAUCAUCACUGAGCACAACAGUGAGUAAAGUAGUUAGAUGUAGUGUAAAUCAGUUAUAUUUGAAACUUCUUAUUUCACGUAAUUGUCGUUACUUAGUUGCAAAAGUCAACUGGAAACAAUUAGUUUAUUAUUAAACCACUGGUUUAUCGCUCUUAAAGAUUACAAUCCGGAUACUGGUCAAGUUUAAAUAGAAAAAUGAUAUUAUCUGGUCACGCGAACUGUACUGAGUAGAACGGAGUUCCAACCUAUCUAGUAUCUGUAAAGCGAGCACUAACUAACAAGCCACCACUUCAUUGCAUUGAUCGUCGUAGAAACUGAUUAUAUUAACAGACCGUUCACUACCAGUCAACAUCCAACAUAGCACCGAAAGUUUUAUUACUCUGAACAUCUUACAUCUACAGAAAAGUAUCAUUCAAUAAUACUAGUUGGGUACAAACAAUUGUAGUAUCAUACAUUUAAAGUAUUUGUUUGCUUUGGUUAUUCGUCAGCAUUUUGAAAGAUUACUUAGCAUCAUUAAGUUGUAAACUUAGACCUGAUCAUAGUCUCAUUUUAAGCCGUAAAAGAUAGACUACAUACAGUAUAUUCCAUUUUCUUGUUCAACUUUUUAUUCAAAAUUGUAGUAAAAAUAUAAUUUUCUCAAUAUUUCUUUUAUAUGUAGCUAUUUUCAAGAGUAGUUAAUUCAGCAAUGAAGUUCAUAUUGAAAACUGUACAAUAAUGUCAUAUAUGUAUUAUGCUGUAAAUAAUAGAUUUUAA